AUGGUGAAACUGCGUGAGCCCGACUGGAAGCAAACAGCUAGAGCCCAACCAUGGACCCUGGCCCGCUGUAUGCCACUGCUGGAGGUGGAGGACAUGAUGAUGAUGGGGAUGAAGCCAGACUCGAAGUGUGUUUUCACUUAUGUUCAGUCUCUGGUCAACCACCUGCGGCGCGUGGAGAUGUCCCGGGGGCUGCCCUCUGACCUCUGA